GCUGAGGCCCCUUUGCGGGCCCGCCGAGCGGUUCCGGGUUUAGGGUUCACAGGUCAGAGUUGACUCCCUGAAAAGUGCAGCCGGUUUGAAAUGCAAGAUGGCGGCGGCGUGGCGCUGAGAGGCGCGGCGGCCCCUGCAGGAGAAGACAGACAGCUACUUUGGACCUGUUGGUGAUGAUGGCCUGAGCUAAACAUCUAACUAGAAGGGAUACCCUUCCAUUUCAAGAACAGAAUGCUAAGGAAGCUGUGGCAAGUGAUUGGAGUUGUGCUUCAAAAAUUUCAGAAAUUCAACAGUAUUUUAUCUGCCAACAAUAAGCUCUUUACUUGAUUGCACCAUGAGAAAGCUGCUAAUGAGACUUGUUGAGCACAAAAAUGGACUUGAAGAACGAAAAGCCAUUAUUUUCAAAUGAAGAACACUGAACAGUUUUAAGCCUCGAUGCUUUUUAAUCACCACUGAGCUUUUCCUCGUAACAUCAGAAUGGCAAGCAGGCGAAAAUCAACAACACCUUGCAUGGUCCUUGCCAGUGAACAAGAUCCAGACCUUGAGUUGAUAUCAGAUUUGGAUGAAGGUCCUCCUGUACUUACACCUGUAGAAAACACCAGAGCAGAGAGUAUCUCAAGUGAUGAAGAAGUUAAUGAAUCUGUGGAUUCAGACAAUCAGCAAAAUAAAAAAGUUGAAGGUGGAUAUGAAUGUAAAUAUUGUACUUUUCAAACUCCAGAUCUAAAUAUGUUUACUUUUCAUGUGGAUUCAGAACAUCCCAAUGUAGUGCUAAAUUCAUCCUAUGUUUGUGUCGAAUGCAAUUUUCUUACCAAAAGGUAUGAUGCACUUUCUGAGCAUAAUCUGAAAUAUCACCCAGGAGAAGAGAAUUUUAAGUUGACUAUGGUGAAACGUAAUAACCAGACAAUCUUUGAACAAACAAUAAAUGAUCUGACUUUUGAUGGUAGUUUUGUUAAAGAGGAGAAUUUAGAGCAAGCAGAACCUACAGAAGUUUCUUCUUCAGGAAUAUCUAUCAGUAAAACUCCUAUCAUGAAAAUGAUGAAAAAUAAAGUGGAAAACAAACGGAUUGCAGUUCAUCAUAACUCAGUUGAGGACGUUCCUGAAGAGAAAGAGAAUGAAAUCAAACCAGACCGUGAAGAAAUUGUAGAAAACCCAAGUUCUUCAGCUUCUGAAUCUAAUACAAGUACUUCCAUUGUAAACAGAAUACAUCCAAGUACUGCCAGCACGGUAGUGACACCGGCAGCAGUUCUUCCUGGAUUGGCACAGGUGAUAACUGCUGUAUCUGCUCAGCAGAAUUCUAAUUUGAUUCCCAAAGUCUUAAUCCCUGUUAAUAGCAUUCCCACCUACAAUGCUGCAUUGGAUAACAAUCCCCUUUUACUUAACACCUACAACAAAUUCCCUUAUCCAACAAUGUCAGAAAUUACAGUUCUUUCUGCUCAAGCAAAAUAUACAGAGGAACAGAUCAAGAUAUGGUUUUCAGCCCAACGUUUAAAACAUGGUGUUAGUUGGACUCCCGAGGAAGUAGAGGAGGCAAGAAGGAAACAAUUCAAUGGAACAGUGCAUACUGUACCUCAGACCAUAACUGUUAUUCCUACACACAUUUCCACAGGGAGUAAUGGUUUACCAUCUAUUUUACAGACAUGCCAAAUAGUUGGUCAGCCUGGUCUGGUCCUUACUCAAGUAGCUGGCACAAACAGCUUGCCAGUUACAGCACCUAUAGCCUUGACAGUGGCAGGCGUUCCAAGUCAAAAUAAUGUACAGAAAAGUCAGGUACCUGCUGCUCAGCCUACUGCAGAAACAAAGCCAGCAACAGCAGCAGUUCCAGCUUCUCAAAGUGUCAAACAUGAAACUGCAUUGGUAAACCCUGAUUCAUUUGGCAUUCGGGCAAAAAAGACAAAAGAGCAACUGGCAGAAUUAAAAGUUAGCUACCUUAAAAAUCAGUUUCCCCAUGAUUCAGAAAUUAUCAGACUUAUGAAAAUAACAGGCCUGACAAAAGGAGAGAUUAAAAAAUGGUUUAGUGACACAAGGUACAACCAGAGAAAUUCAAAGAGUAAUCAGUGCUUACAUCUCAACAAUGAUUCCUCUACCACCAUUAUUAUAGACUCCAGUGAUGAAACCACAGAAUCCCCAUCUGUUGGUACUGCACAGCCUAAGCAAUCCUGGAAUCCUUUUCCUGACUUUACUCCCCAAAAAUUUAAAGAGAAAACUGCAGAGCAGCUUCGUGUCCUUCAGGCAAGUUUUCUCAACAGCUCUGUACUUACAGAUGAAGAAUUAAAUAGGUUAAGGGCACAAACCAAACUUACCAGAAGAGAAAUCGAUGCUUGGUUUACAGAGAAGAAGAAAUCAAAAGCUUUAAAGGAAGAGAAAAUGGAGAUAGAUGAAAGUAAUGCAGGUAGUUCCAAAGAAGAAGCUGGAGAAACUUCUCCUGGAGAUGAAUCUGGUGCACCUAAGUCAGGGAGUACAGGCAAGAUAUGUAAAAAAACACCUGAGCAGCUGCACAUGCUUAAGAGUGCAUUUGUCCGGACACAGUGGCCAUCACCAGAAGAAUAUGACAAGUUGGCCAAAGAAAGCGGGCUUGCUAGAACAGACAUAGUUAGUUGGUUUGGGGACACCCGUUAUGCUUGGAAGAAUGGAAACUUGAAAUGGUACUACUACUAUCAGAGCGCCAAUUCAAGUAGUAUGAAUGGUCUGUCUUCCCUUAGGAAAAGAGGGAGAGGGAGACCCAAAGGACGGGGAAGAGGAAGACCGCGUGGGCGGCCUAGAGGAAGCAAAAGAAUUAACAACUGGGACAGGGGACCAUCACUCAUAAAAUUUAAAACUGGAACUGCAAUACUUAAGGAUUAUUACCUGAAGCACAAGUUUCUUAAUGAGCAAGACCUUGAUGAACUUGUUAACAAAUCACAUAUGGGCUAUGAGCAGGUCAGAGAGUGGUUUGCAGAAAGACAGAGAAGAUCAGAAUUAGGUAUAGAAUUAUUUGAGGAAAAUGAGGAGGAAGAUGAAGUUAUUGAUGACCAGGAAGAGGAUGAAGAAGAAACAGAUGAUAGUGACACUUGGGAACCUCCACGACAUGUGAAACGGAAGCUUUCUAAAUCAGAUGACUGAAAUCUGCCUAAAACGUUGAAGGAGAAUCAAUUCUUCAACUCAAGAUGUCUGAUUUACUGUGAAUUGGCCCAAUCUUUGAUGACAUUGAAAACGUUUUGGGGCAUACACACUCAAAACACAGGAUCCAAUACCCAAAAGAAAUGGAACUUAAUGUUGUGCCAAAGUUAAACUACUGCAGUUGGUGGAAGUUCUGCAAUGUAAAUAGAACACUAAUUAAAAAACAACUUGUAAAAAUUCAAUUUAAAUUUUAAUACAGUACAUUUUUAUUCUAAUAUGAUGGAGACAUUCUGAAUCUUAGACUUUCUGAGGGGGUUUAAUGACCACUAGAGCUUGUCCUCAUAUUCAGUCCAGCUUAAUACUGUGUGUCUAGUAAGAUGGGCUAUAUUGCCUCUAUUCUUUGAGAUGUGAUUAAGCUUAGAACUUUGACCAAAAAUUUUACAGUAAAAAUUGUUAGGAAUGGGUAAAAAAACCAAACCCUGAUUUAUUACUAUGUCUUAUUUAUCAGACCCUGCACUAAGAUUAAAAGUUGUGCAUGGGCUUAUACAAUUUCAAAUGUAAAAACAGCCUAUUUAUAUAUGUUGAAACAAUAAGAUUUUAUGGCUUCACUGGCCCUUAAUAAUUGGAUCCUUCAUUAAACACAUUCAUGGAUACCACUGUUUCUACUGUUACUUGUUCCAUUAGAAACUGAUUUUCUUUUCUUAAACUGAAGGUAAUUAAUUCUGAAGAAGGAAAAGAAACUGGCAUAAUUUUGGAUAGGGAGAAACUUUGAAAUAAAUACUGCACCAAAAAAUGUGGAAAAUAAUCAUGUAGUAAAUAUAUACUUAGUGUUUUCUUACAAUCGUGGGAAUCAGAAAUGUUUAUACAGGUGUCAGAUCAGAAUUUUUAAGAGUUAUCUUUCAGUGAAAUUCUACUUUUAUAACAAUUUCAGUGAAUAGAGAAAAAAUUCUGAACUGAUCAUAAUGAGUUAAAAGUUAGCUUUUCACUUACGAAUCAUGGGAGUGUUAACUGUUAACUCUUGCCGUAUCAGGAGACUGAAAGUUCAUACUAACUUACAAACUUUGUAAAGACUGGUGCUGUUCAUUCAUGUUGGGAAGAACCCUUUCUUUUGUGACCAUAGGACCAUUUUUCAAAACCCGCUUUCUUCAUAGAAGAAAUGUUCAGUUUAAAUUAGCUUUGGAUUUUAACAUGUUUUUCUGAAUGACCAGAUGUAGGCUUGGCCAGUUUAUUUUCUCUAAUUUAAUGAAUAAUAAAUAUUAAGCUCUUGGUUAAAUGUUUUUCAGCCAUUGAAAAUGUUAUGAAAAAGCCUUGAAUAUGCAUGCUGCUUUCAUUUUUAUAAACUUUUUAUUUUUUAACUAUAGCUUUAUUAGUAAUUCCAAAAUGCUGCAAUGUAGCUGAUUUCCUCACUCAGACAGCUGGCUUUGUGGGUGGCUUUUUUCAUACUAUUGUUAACUUUUUUAAAAAAGAAGCAAUGUAAAGACUGUAAUGCACUAAGCUUUUUUUCUUUUACACGUUUAAAACUUCUUAAAGCACUCUGUAAUAUAAUGAUUAAAUUGCUCCCUUUUAUAAACCAUUGCUAAUGUGGUCUGAGUUUUGUUUGACAAUAAUUUUAAUGUUCUCAAAAUUUGAAAUGUCAAGUAUUAGAAAUGAAGCCUUUGAAUAUAUUUGUUUCCCUUGCAAUAUGUUAACUCCGUGUAGCUGUAAAUAACUAUUAAUAAAUUUCCCUCAUCUCUUUUAUAGGCCUGAUAAAAGUCUUCUCUGACGUUUGCUAGCUUUUAAAUAUAUUUAUUUGACAGAGCAAAAGAACCCUCUUCUGGUUGAUUGUGACCUUGAAUACAAAAUAAAAGUUAGUAGUGAUUAGUAGUUUACAGUGA